GCAUAGGGUUUAAGGUUAAAGCGGGAUUUUUGAGCCAUGGCACUAUCGCCAUGGCUGCCAGCUGCCCGGAUCAAAACAAGGCGGCAUGGCUCUUCGAUCAGUGCUUGUAUCACUGUGACAACACCAACCCAGAAGGUAAGGCUAGGAAAAUCCAGUGUAGAGGUUUCUCCUGUCGGGAUUGGGGCUUGGUCGUGGGGCGAUACAAGUUACUGGAAUGAAGGCACUUGGAAUGAUAGAAAGUUGAGAGAUGCCAAAGAGGCAUUCACCGCGAGCGUGGAAAGUGGUUUGGAUUUCUUUGAUACUGCAGAGGUCUAUGGCUCCAAGUUUGCAUCUGGUGCUGUAAAUUCUGAAACACUUCUAGGAAGGUUUAUCAAGGAGAUCAAACAAGAAGAGCAAUCUAAGAUUGUAGUGGCAACGAAGUUUGCUGCACUGCCAUGGAGGUUUGGCCGAGGGAGCGUUGUCAAAGCACUCAAGGAUUCUCUGGAGCGUCUCAAUCUUUCGUCUGUCGAUUUAUAUCAGCUCCACUGGCCAGGCAUAUGGGGAAAUGAAGGAUAUCUCGACGGUCUUGGUGACGCUGUGGAGCAAGGACUCGUAAAAGCCGUAGGAGUUUCCAAUUACAAAGUGGACAGGCUUAAGAGGGCUCACGACCAGCUGAAGAGACGAGGAGUUGUCCUGGCAUCGAAUCAAGUAAACUACAGCCUGAUCUAUCGAAAACCAGAGGAAAACAGCGUCAAACAAGCCUGCGACGACCUGGGAAUCACACUCAUAGCUUAUUCUCCGAUCGCUCAAGGUAUCUUGAGCGGGAAAUACACGCCAUCAAAUCCACCAAAAGGACCCAGGGGAGGAAUCUACAAUGCGGAGUUCCUGUCAAAGCUCUCUCCUGUGCUAAACAAGCUCAAGCAACUAGGAGAAAAGUAUGACAAGACAUCCACACAGGUAGCUCUCAGUUGGCUGGUCGCACAGAAGAAUGUGGUUCCCAUUCCAGGUGCCAAGUCGGCACAACAGGCGAUUGAAAUCGCGGGGGCUCUCGGAUGGAACUUAACAGCCGACGAAGUUGAGGAACUCCGGGACAUUGCAAAGAGAGUUUCUCCAGUGGUUGGAUUUCCCGUCGAGAACCUGUGAAGGCUUCCUCGUCUAGUUCUUGAGAGAAUCUAAAGCUUCUUUCUCUUGAUAGAGUGGACUCAGUACGCUCUAGAUAUUGAACUUAGAAACGUAACUACGUAUGAACAAAUCUCGUGACUGUUGCCUAA